AGAUGGCAGCCCAUUCCGGCCCAGGACACGAGCCAUCGUCAUCGGGGGUCGUCUACUACUUGCUUCCUCCUCCCUACUCCGCCUAGUCUACUACUCUACUUCGCUCUCCGCCGCCGCCGCCGCCGCCGCCGCCGCCCACCUCGUCUCGACGCCGGAUGAGGAUGGAGGGUUCGUCGCCGAUGGAGGAGGAGGAGGAGGCGGCGAGGCUGGCGGGCUCGCAGGGGGAGUCGCCGGCGAUGCUGCACCCGAACGGAGACGGAGACGGCGACGGCGGCGAUGAUGAGGGUGACGCCAGCGGCGGCGAAGAGGAGCAGGGCGGUGUGGCUAGGGCGGGGGUUCGUCGCCGCGGCGGCGGCGGCCGUGUGCGCGUGCGUGGCAGGAUUCCGCUGAAGAAGGGGCCGUGGACGCCCGACGAGGACAAGCGGCUGCGGGAGUACGUGGAGGCGCACGGCGAGGGGAACUGGAACCGGGUGCAGAGGAACGCGGGGCUGAACCGCUGCGGCAAGAGCUGCCGCCUCCGCUGGGCGAACCACCUCAAGCCCGACCUCAAGAAGGGGCCCUUCAGCAAGGAAGAGGAGGAGAUGAUCAUCAAGCUCCAUUUAUGGCUGGGGAACAAGUGGGCUAAGAUGGCAAACUCUUUGCCAGGCCGCACAGAUAAUGAAAUCAAGAACUUCUGGAACACUAGAUGUAAGAGAAUUCAGAGAACUGGUGAACCUCUAUAUCCGAAGGAGUUUAAUCAUUUUAAGUUGACAGAUCUGGAAGUGAUGAACUGUGAAAGCCCUGAUGAAUCACGUGCCAAGAAACGAACAAAUGAGGUUUUACAGGGAAAUGGUCAAAGUUACAAAGAGGUUUUUUUCGAUAAUUUAGACUAUAGUAGACCAGAAAAUUAUAUUCGGCCAAAUUGUGUGACUCCAAAUUCUCUUCCAGUUGAUGCCACAAGUCCAUUUGGUAGUGCCAUUGCCACACAAGAUCAGUCAGUACCUUUUGGUAGUGCCAUUGUCAGUGGACAUCCAAUUCUUGAUGGCAACUUCUCUACUUCUGGGACCAUACAGAGGCCCAUGAAUGUAGAGCUCCCUUCACUCCAAUAUCCCAACUAUGACUUUAACAAUAAUAAUGCAUGGUCAUAUCACGACCCCUUAGGACAUCCUAUUGACCAGGUUGACUUUGGCUCCCUGAGAUCAGAAUAUCUCUCUCCAAACAACAAUGGUCUGCUGGAUGCAUUGGUUCAUGGAGGACAUGGACAAGGGGAACUUGCAAAUUCCCAAGGAUCUUUUGAUGCUUGUUUUCCUCGUGUUCAAUGCAAUCAAGUGAUUCAAUCGAAUGCUUUCUCUCUGAGUUCUUCCUUUCCAAUCAUUGGUGAUGAUCUCCUCGAGAACAGUUGUCAUGCUUUUGUUGGCAUCAACAAUAAUGCAAGCAGCCUAUUCCUUGACAGCCAACCUCCACCCUUGGUGGACCCUACUUUCUGGAGGCACGAUGUAUCACUAGAACCGAAUUUGCCAGUUUAUUGCCAGUUUAACGAAGAAUUGCCGCCCUCAAAUGAGCAGUUUGCCAAAGAUGCAGAUGACGCUUUCGGUCAUGGGGGUCUUUCUGAUGAGACCAAUCUAGCUGCUGCAGGUCAAGGCGAUGAACAUGACCUUGAGGACCCCUGGGCGAGCAUGCCCGGUGCCUGUGACAUACCUGAUUUUCCAAGUGAAUGACUUGCAUAGAGUUUGUGCGUGUUAUUGAUUUUGAUCUCAACCAGUGAGAGAACCAAGAAGAUCCUUUUUGCAAUAACCAUGCCUUUCAAGAUCGUCCAAUAAGUUUGUGGCUGCGUAUGCUAUUACUAUCUUACCGUGGAGUUGUGUGCUAUAUGCUUUGCUCCCCGAGGAAAUGUGGCCCUUGAACUGAAUGUUGCCAUUGUUUGUGUCGGCUACUUAUUCGAUUCAUUAAUGUUACAUUGUUUGCUAGAAUAUGCUGAAAUUGUAUAUUCGAUUCAUUGGUUUUGAUUAAUCAAAGACUAUUGUCGUCAUGUGGCAAUUGGUACAACUUGAA